CCUCCCAGUUUCCACACACUCUUCAGUUCCCGAACCCUAGCCGCCACCAUGGUUCCAGACCAAGCUUACCAAGACAGGGUCGGCGGGGAGACCGGCUUGGUGCCCAGCAUGGCCCCCGAGAUCGUCUAUGCUGAGCUGAGGUUUAAGAUGGACAACGAGAAGCUGGGCGCCCCUCCCGCUCCAGCUCCCCAGAAGGCCACCCCUCCGCCUCUCCGUCCCCGGCUGCCGAUCCUGCAAAUGGCCCUGUUGCUGCUCCUGCUCUUGCUACUGCUGCUGUCCUUCCUCGUGGCAUUUGUCGUUUUCUAUCGCCGAUCCCACCUCUGCCAGGAAGACAGAUCGUUGAAAUCGACCCGAAUCCUGUCUGAGUUCGUCUGUGUCAAACAAAGUUCACAGUCUCCAGUUUUCUCCUGCUCCUACAUCGAGACCCACCAGGAGACUGAGGACCUGCCCUCACCUCACCAACUUCCCCAGAACCAGACCACACUGGACUGCAUCAAUGAAGGGUCAGAGAUGGAAGGAAGAAGCUGGGACUGUUGCUCCAGAGGUUGGAGGCCUUUCCAGUCCCGUUGCUACUUCAUUUCCGCUGACAAAAUGUCCUGGGAUCAGAGCCAGCAGAACUGCCACCAGAUGGGGGCCCACCUGGUCGUAAUCAGCUCAGACACAGAGCAGAAAUUCCUGGAGAGCAUACUAGAUAACAAAGCUGCUUAUUUCCUGGGGCUAACAUACCUGGAAGUUAGCAAGGACUGGCGCUGGGUGGAUCAGACGCCCUAUAACAAAUCUGUGCUAUUCUGGCAUGCUGGGGAGCCUAAUUACAAGUGGGAGCACUGUGGCUCUCUUCACUGGAUCAGAAACAAAGGUUGGGGCUGGAAUAACAUCCUUUGUGACAUAAAACAGAAUCGGAUUUGUGAGAUGGCAGGGAGCCACUUUUGACUUUGCUCCUUCAGCGGUGUAGCGGGGACUAUGGGGGAGGGGAGAAGGAGAAAGACCCCCUAUAGGUGGACACAGGGACCCCCUGCCCCCCAGACACACACCAUAUGCACCACACACCCCCCCCAACAAAUUCAACUCUAGCACAGUGUCACCCCAAAAACGUAACCAUGUAGGAUAUCUAGUUCAUUUUAGGGUCUGCCAGGGUAAUCAUGGCUGUAAAUCCUCCGCAGCUAGCCCAUGGAAGAUACAAGACUGAGCUAGGAUUUUCUCAUCAGGACAGCUUCUGCAUGCUUCCAUGCCCUCCCUGUCUUGCUUUCUUGGGAAAUCCUCUCAGUCUAUCUCCUCUCAUUUUCUAAAUCAUUUGUCCAUUCAGUAUAAUUUAUUAGGUGCCCUCUCUCUGCAGAGUGUGGUGGGAAAACCCACCCUUGCGUUACAAUAUAAUGUAGGAGGUAGACAAAACAGGCCUGUGAUUCCAGAGACACUGAUUCUAUCCCACCUCUGCCCUGUGGCUCCUGUGUGGGGUUAAGCAAGUUACUUCAUUUCUCUGUGCCUCAGUUUUCUCAUCUGUCAACUGUGGAUUCAAAACCUGUUUUCUCUCCCUCUUGCACUGUGAAUUCCCUCUGCGACAGGGUCUGUGUCCAACCUGAAUAUCUUGUACCUGCUCCCACGCUUGGCACCUCAUCACAGAUAACACCAGUUAUUAUACAUACUUACAGUGUGACCACAAAGGAGAAGUACAUCAGCAACUUCUAACAAUCAAGGACCAGUUGGAAAAUGAAUAAACCAACAGAAUUGCCUCCA